AUGCUAUCCUACUCUGGAAGAUUGCAGCUUAUCAAAUCUGUACUAUUUGUCAUUCAAACAUAUUGGGCACAAGUUUUCUUAUUGCCUAAGAAGAUUAUGAAGAUGAUUGAGACUAUUUGCAGAACUUUUCUUUGGACUGGAUCAAAUGCCAUUUCAAGAAAAGCAUUGAUAGCUUGGGACAAGAUUUGUCAACCAAAAACUACAGGAGGGCUGAACAUCAUCAAUAUGAGGGUAUGGAACAAAGCUGCAAUUAUCAAACAACUGUGGGCUUUGGCAAUGAAGAAGGAUGCCUUAUGGAUUAAAUGGACACACAGCUACUAUAUCAAGAACAAAGACAUUGCAGAAAUUAACACAUCUAGGACAACAGCUUGGGUGAUUAGGAAAAUCAUAGAGGCAAAGAAAGAAGUGAUACAUAUGAACUCAAUGCAUGGGAGUGUCAUAUCAACUUUAGCAGACUUGGUGAAACAGGGCAGAUUCCAAAUUCAAAAGGCCUAUGUCCAGUUAAUGCCUCAGCUUCCCAAAGUUAGCUGGAAAAGCAUUCAUCUACACACACAGAUUCAUCCACGGUUCGAACUUCACUUAUGGCUGGCCAUUCAUCAGAGAAUAGCAACCGUGGACAGACUUCUCGAGUUUGGGAUUCAAGUACCACCUUAUUGUGUAUUGUGCAGGUACUAUGGAAACAUUGGACCAUUUGAAGAGAUAGCAUGGAUCAGCAGUAUAGCCAAAGGGAAGAAUGGAAAAGCAGAAAUCACUACAGCAGCAUUUGCUAUGGUAGUAUACUGUAUUUGGCGAGAAAGAAACUCCAUCAGAUUUCAAAAGGGUCGUUACAUGGUGGAUGAGCAUGCAAGGAGAUAG